AUGUCAACCAAGAGCGAUUCCUGCCAACCGGAGCACGAGCAGGGCCCGGUUUCAAAGCAGUUCGACGCAGUUAAGCUCGCUGAGCAGGAAGAACUCUUCAAGAAGGUGUCGCCGAACAUCCGCAUGCUGUUCUUCCCAUUUCGCUUCCUCGGCUAUUGGAUCGGCAGCAGGAUCUGGUUUGCAGACCCCUCCGCUCCGAAAGCUCGUACGCUUCUGGACGACAUUAUCUACGGAGAAGGCCCACGCUUCCGCAUCGCAUCUCGGGAGCUGUACUUUACUGACAUGCACGACAAGAAGGUCAUCAAGUAUUCGCUGGCGACCGAAAAGAGAACCGUGGUGUACAGUGAUCCCGAGGAUAUGUUGUCUGGGCUGGGAUGGCUAUCUGAUGGUCGUCUGUUGAUCUCCUCAAUGAACAAGCGCCAGGUGCUCGUCCAUGACGAAGCCACUAGCUCGACGGAGCUGUACGCUGACGUGCAGGACGUGACCAGAGUCCGUGCGAACGAUAUGGUGGUCGACACCUCAGGGCGUGCAUACCUCGGCAGCUUCGGGUUCAACAACGCCGACUUCAACGCUGUUGCAAGCUCCGCUAUUGUCAGCGUUGGGGCGGAUGGAGCUGUUCGAGUUGAGGCUACGGGCGUGGUGUUCCCCAACGGCAUGGUCAUUACUCCGGAUGGCAAGACGCUUAUCGUUGGUGAGACUUUUGAAGGCCGACUCACGGCGUAUGAUGUUGGCAAGGACGGAAAGCUCAGCAACGCUAGGUUGUGGGCAGAUGUUGGCUCACCUAUCGACGGUAUCUGCCUCGACGCCGAGGGCUGCGUGUGGGCGAGUAUCGUACAACCCGGUCUGUAUCAACUGGGUGGUGGCCUCGUCCGUGUGAAGGAGGGUGGGGAGAUCCUGGAAGUGCUCGGUUUCGGGGCAAAUGGAAUCACCAACGCGGUGUUCGCGUGCCAACUCGGUACAGACGAAGAUGGCAAGCACCAUCUCUUCUUCAUGGAAGCCGUGACGUCCUACGACCACGUGAUUUUCAAGGAAGGCGCCGAUGCUGCAAGGAAGAACGGCCAAGUGAGGGCUAUCGAGGUCAAGGUGGGCCCGGCGCGAAUCCCGGGUAACGACAGCUACUGCGGAGGUUAUUGCUAGAUGUCAUAGUUCACGUCAACGUGUUCAUGUUGAAGUACAUGCGAUCUGUUUAACUAUGUUGCCAUCAAUG